GAGUCUCGGCUGGCCAGCAUUGCCCCGUGAGCCAGAGUUCCACUAGCAUGUGCCUGUCCUGUGAGACUGCAUCAGUCGCCCAGCCGGAAGAAAGUUGUGCCCCUGCAGUGCACUGACGAUCCAGUCACUUUGAACUCGUGUCGCUCUGUGUCUUCGUGUGACUUGGUGCGCAUCUUGUGACCCCGUCGGUCGCCCUUGAGUGAGAUUCGCUUCGCCCCUGUACGGAUAUCCGAGCUCGCCUUGCCACCAUGCCUGUCGAAAUCGACGCCCCUGCGCCCUACAACCUGCACAAGCACCGCUUCAGUGAACCAGCGGUGUCGCCCAGAAAGCCGCCAAUCAUGAACAAGCUGUGCCGCCAAGUGAGCAUCGAGAGCCCCGGGCCCACCAUCAAGGACUGCGUGUUCAGCUUCGAGGUGCCCGUGCCCGACGUGCCGCCCAAUGGCGCCCGCAUCAGGGUGGUGUGUGCCGGUGCUUGCUACCGCAUCCGCCGCUCGCCGUCCAUCUCCUCCGUGUCCAGCACGGGCUCCGUGUCCAGCCUGAGCACCGAGCUGUCCCAGGACCUGGGCCUCGGCGGCUCCGUCAUCAGCGGCCUCCCCGGCGGCGCCUGCCUCGGCGGCAUGCCGCAGAGCCCCGCCCACCACGGCGUGCGCGACGGCGCCCUGUUCCCUGGCUAUGAAGUGGCUGGCAUUGUCGAGUCCCUCGGCGCCGAGGUGGAGGACAACGCCACCAUCCAGGAGGGCGACCGCGUGGUGCUCUACCCCUACGACGGCGUGCCCCAUGGCUACGCCGAGUUCAUCAUCGUCCACGAGCUCAAGUACCUCGUCAAGAUCCCCGACUCGGUGCCCCUGCCGGUGGCCGCCAUGCUGCCCACAGGCGCCCUGCUCGCCAUGAACACCGUGUUCAACGCCCACCAGUACGUGGAGGACAUCCUGCGGCAGCGCGGCGAGGACGGCGUCUGCAAGAUCCUCAUCGUGGGCACCGGCGGCCUCGCCCUCUGGGCCAUGCGCAUCGCGUCCCACCACUUCAAGGACACCAAGAUGCGCGUCCAGCUCACCGUGGCCUCCCUCAAGGACGAGGGCUUCCUCAUGGCCAAGGAAUUCAAGACUGUCAAUGUUGUUCAGUGGAGUGAGGAUCUGUAUGAGCGCCAGCUCAUUGAACGCACAACAGAUGCCUGCAAUGGCGAGGUUGACAUUGUCAUUGACUUUGGAACGACCUCGAGGAGUCUUCACAGAUCUCUUCAGUGCCUGAGCAAGGGAGGAGUUGUGUUCAUGUGCUCUGAAGUGGCAGAGAAGCUGAUGCCCAAGUUCAGUCGCCUGGCUGAUGAGCGCCAGCAACGUAUUAAGGCUGUUGAUAUGGGCACCAUUGAGCAGCUGCAAGAAUUAGUUAAACUGGUUGGAAAUGGAGAGAUUGAACCUCCACCACACACUGUGUUCCCAGCAGAAGAAGCUUGCAAGGUGAUGGAGAAGCUCUGCAAUUCUGAAAUCCAAGGUCGUGCCAUCCUCCAGUUCUACGAUGCUGAUUAAAGUGAGAAUUGGGGUGGCAACUGCUGUCCAGAGCACGAAAAUGGGAUUUAAAAUUUGUCAAGUGGGCGGGGAAUGUUAAUCAUUUCCCAGCCGUAACGAUGAUGUGGCUCAGCCAAGAGUAUUGGUGCUGGUGAGGUGCUGGUAAUGUCCAUCUCGUUUUGUAAAUUUCUUUGGAAAUGAUGUGCAGGAGGUCUAGCUCAGUGUUCAUGAUACUUCAAACAUUAUGCUGUUUGAAUUACUCAUGCUUUUAUGUAGAUUCAUGGAACAUUGCUGUUUGCUAGAUUCUCUGUAAGUUGUCAAUAUAUAUCUAACUUCAAUCCUUUUAUGUGAAAUAUUCAAAAGUAGUUAAGCACAGUUGCUUUUCCUGUGUCUAGUUGUUCUGCAGCUUACUGUGCUGUCUGUGGUGAUUGAAUAAUUGCCAUUUCUUGUCAUCUUGAGCACAUCAAUUAAUAUUUAGUUUAAAUCAAUUUUUAUCAGGUCAAUUCAAAUCUCAUUUUAGAGUGGGUUUGUGGAUGCCAGCAUGAAUACAUAAUAUCUCGCAGUUACAUGUUAAGCCUGUGUGCAGCAGCACAUCAAUGUGUAUUUUGUGUGGUAGACUUUAUUGUUUCAUUGUUGGGUCAUCUGUUCUGGAUACGCAGGGGCAUGGAAGCACUCGUAAUUUGAGUGUUGAACGUCUAGUCCCAAAAUACUUGAUCAUCCAAUUACACAGAAUGUCAAUAACUUCUGAUCAGAAGAUAAGUUUGUGCGUCUUAUGAUAUUGAUUCCAAAGCUCUCAUGCUGGGAAAUAUGUUAUUUUCAACUAAAUUACUUUUGCUAGACUGACGAUAAAAGUUAUUAGCAUUCUGUGCAUAAAGUAGAAAAGGGAUAUCUACUGAAGAGAGAUAGGUUGCGGUGAAUGAUGAAUAUUACAACAAUGUGAUACUUGUAAAUGUAUUAAAUUAUUUAUGUUAAGUUACUGUAUGUGUAAGCAAAGCAUUGUGGUUCAACUUCCUCAUUGCCCUAAUUUUCUGAGCUCAGACAGGGCAGAAUUUGUUCUUGUAAGCUUGAAAGAUCCACCUUUCAGAGCACUUUCCAAAAUUUGAAAGAUUGAGCUUGUUUGCAUAUUAAUUAUUAUCUUGUGAAUAGUUCCUUAGAUAUUUGUUGUCAUCAAUCAUUAUUAAUUUCUUUGUGUCCCAUCACAUUAAUUUUUUCCUUGCUCUUAAAAUUCAUUUUAUUUAUGAUCUCAUUUCAUUUCAUGCUUUGUCUUAAUUUGUAAUUGCACAUUUUGUCACUCCUGCAUUUAAUUUUGUCACCUUAAAGUCUGAAAGUCUGGUGAUCAUCUAUAGCUGAUGGUCUUUACUGUGAUGCAAGGUUUCUUCAUCAAUUGGACCUUCACAUGAGUUAUGUAUGUGAACUGUGGCAUAAUGUAAUUAACCUACAUGUCUUGUAUACCAACCCUUUAUUGGGUGAUGUAUAGUAAUCUUCUCAACAAAAAAGGAAAAUUGUCAAGAAAUACAUAUACCAAAUUUCUGUUGGUGUACCAAUCUUUCAAUGUUGCCUAGAAUAAUUAAUGCAGGGAAACUUGAGAAUUCAACAUCUGUAUGAAUGUAUUAGAAACUAAAUUGAUUUUAUAAAUAGAUGUUUCUUUUAUAUUCAUAUGUUCUCAGUUUCAAGAAUGUAGAACUCAUUGCUUUCUGACAAAUGUAUAUAUUGAUAAAGAUAACACUCUUAGAUUACUACACUUAAAUGAUGAGUGAUUUGUGUACUGAUAGUUUUCAUUUAAGAAGAGCUUUAUUUAUUGUUUUUUUUCUCCCCCAGUAUUGUAAGGAUGCUCAAAGGCUUCAAGGCAGUCAGUUAAGAAUACUCCAUUGUUUUCACAAACCUAUCUUAGAAGCCUUUGAGAUUUUUUUUUUGGUGAGUAACCAAAUCUUUCAUUAUACUUGUUAUCCUAUGCCAAGUAGAAUAAACUCAAGACAUGUUUAUACUGCAUCAAAGACAAAAGCAAUAAAAUCUUAAACAAAAAAAAA